CUGAAAUGUCCUCCAUCGGUAUCACAUGAACUUUAUUCACUAUAUCGCUAAGUGAAGUCAUAAUCAUGUCAAUCAAAGUUUGUGAAUUCUCCGUGACACUAGUGGGUUCCUUAAUAAUCUUUGUGCUUUUAAUGUGUCUCUGGUGCCUAAUUUAUGGGUUUAUCUUCAAGUUCAGGAAUCUCGUGAUGUCACAAGUGUACUUAUUAUUUGAGAGUAGGAAAUCUUUUUUUGGCACCUUUUAUGGAAUAUCAAUUACAAAAUCUAGCUGGUGCUUUUUCAAAAACCUUUAGGGUACGUCUGUUUUACAAUAAAAGCUUUAAAUAAUAUUUUAUAAUCUGCAUCUUAUUUACUUGCACCUAAAGUUACUUUUAUUUCCAAAUAUUUGCUAUUCCCUUGAUAAUUUUUUUGUAAUUUUUAGCAGUAGGUAAUUGAAUACCUUAUUUUUCCAGGUCUUUACAAACUGAAUGGCCAUUCAAAAAAGAAACUAGUCAGAAAAAAUUUCCUAAGCAGUUGAAUUGUUUAUCAGUGAAAUAAUCUCAGUAAAGAUGAGGUUAAUGUACCAAGCGUAAACCACCUAGAACUUUGUCUUAUAUACCUACUACCUACUAUGCUGUAAAUACAACAUUCCCAAACGAUAAAAUUUCAAAAAAGGUAUAAGUAUUUUCUGGACUAUUUCAGUAAGAAAUUUCAGUCACAUCAACUAAUUAACUUUUUGACCAAUGGAUUAAGUAUUCGCAUUAAGUCAGACAAAUUUGAUGAAUUUUUCAGGAUAGUAGAAAACCUUCUAUCAUUCCAACUUAUUUCAAAAAUCGAGGCAUUUAAAAUAAAACAAAUAAGAACCCAAAAAAUCUAAGUAAUGCGAAUGCAACUCGCAAGUGGAUUAAAUCCUAACAAAACGCAGCCUCCAAAUAAUAAAAUGAAUUUUCCAUACCUACCUACUGUAACGUCAUAUCUACAAAACGUCUGUGAGAUUAUGACACAAAGACUAUUUGGUAUUUUUCGUUAAAUAAAUUCAUACAUAGCAUAUAGCAUCAUAAAUCGUUCAGCCUAAAAUAAAAUCUAAAGUAAAUAUACCUAUACUUGGCAGGGGGGAGACUUAUUUUAAUAGUUAUUUAGCAAAAAUGGUAUCUAAUUAUUAUACGUCUUUAAUUAACAUACAAAAUGCUUCAUUCGUACAUGUACUUUGACCUUACAUUUCUGCCUAUAUCUAUAUAGGUAGCUGCUGUCCUCGUCCAGUUUCUUUCAGCAAUAUUCUGAAUGUCAUCAGACCUAUUUGUGUUUUUGAUCUGAAGGUUCACCUAACCUUCAAAGGGUUUGAGACAAGUAUUGUCGAUUCCAAUACCUAAUAAUGACUUUUCACCUUAAGAUUGAUCCUCAGACAUUGUCUUAUUUGAUUAAGGGUUAUUAAAAAAAAAUUAUCGUUGGUGAUUUGAUUUUGUUAUCUUUUGCAACAAUUAUUGUCUUUCAAAUGGAACAUUUCGUUAUUUUUUUGACAAUCUGAUCCUCAUGAUAAAUCCAUUGUGUAUAUUUGAUUUCAAGAUAAGUUAAAUAAUUAUAUAUAAAGGCAAUUUGGUCGUACAAUUAGAAUUUAAACGGGUAUUUUUGUUUAUUAUGAUGUGAUUUAAGAAAUAAAUUUUAUUGAUAUUGUGAAAAAUAUUGACAAAGUAUGUCCAUGAAAAAAAAUACUCAGGAUAGUGAUAUAGUUCGUAAAGGAUUUCCUUCCGAUGAGGCAUGGUACGGAUAUGUGGUUUUUGUUGCUGUGACAAUUAUUGCAAUAACAUGUGCACUGCCAUUAGGCGUCUUUGGUAUAAUAUAUGGAAAAUGGUUGUCGACGAUUGGCGAUGAAACCACCGGAACAUCCAUAGCGAAUGGAAUGUUUAAUACAAUUAUGUGUUUUACUGGACUAGCAACUAAUAUUCUACUAAAUACAUGGUCAUGUCGUACAGUAGGAACCAUUGGCGCUAUAAUUUGUGUAAUUGGAAGCUUCAGUGUAGUAUUCGUCAAUGAUCUGAUUUCGUUUAUAUUUUUGUAUUCGGUUAUUCAAGGUAUGGGUUAUGGUCUCCUUUUCCCAGCCUCUCUGACAGCUUUAAAUAACGUAUUCGACAAAAAGUUAUCGUUUAUGAUGGGCGCUUCACAAGCUUUAAUGGUGGCUUGUUGCAUUUUGAUGCCUCAAUGUGCUAAAUUUAUUAUGGACAAUUAUGGUUUCAGGGUUUCCGUUCUCGUUCUCGGUGGAGUUACGCUGCUCAAUGUUCCUGCAGCAAUUGUCUUAACAAGAUUUCAAUGUUGUGACAAGAAAUCAAAUCAAGACAAUGUAUUUGUUUCCAUAAAAAGCAAAUCCACCACCGACCUAGUCAUUAACGUAUCAGUUGAACCAUUGUUGAAGAAACGCCACAGUCUCAGAAAGGCAUCUAUCCAAGGAGAUUUCAAGAUUCUACAAAUAGCUGACAGAGCUGCCUCAGUAGUCAGCAUGAACAGAGACAAACGGAAAUUGGACAAUAAUAACGAUGAAAAACUAGAAGUAGAAGACGAGAAAGAAUCUAUAUGGGUUUCUGUAAAAUCUUCGAUGGAUAUGUCCCUCUUGACGGUUCCCAAAUACCUCAACAUCACCAUCGGGAUAUCGCUUAGCUCCACUUCCGACAUAUUUUUUAUCACAAUUAUGCCGGUGGUUCUAACUGACUUGGGAUUCAACCAAUCAGAAAUAGCUCUUACCAUGUCAUUGUUUUUUGGAUCUGAUCUGGUGUCAAGGACACUGCUUUCUGUGGUGAUGAGUUGUACUCAUAUUAAAAGUCGGUAUUGGAUACUAGGAGGAACGAUUUUUUCCACACUUGUCAGAGUUGCAUUUUUACUUUGCAAAGAACACUUAGCAAAAAUAUCAACUCUAGUAGUUCUUGGAUUUUCACGUUCCUUCAUCCAGACUCCUCCGCCACUCGUAAUUGCCGAAGAAUAUCCAGAUGGCUUUGCGACAGCUUUCUCUCUCUAUAUGGUAGUAACAGGUGUGACAAGUCUCAUUGUUGGUCCUUUGAUGGGUGUAGUAAAAACUCUGACGGGUAGUACAGAGAUGGUGUGUCACCUGUUGACAGGUUGUAAUGUAAUUUGUGUGAUCUCAUGGGUGUGCGAAAUUGCAAUUGGCUUUAGAAAAUCUAAAGACACGAAAGAAUGUGUGCGUCAUGAUAAUGUCUGACAAUCUAGUACCAUAGUUUUAAGACUGUUCAUUUUAAGUUGUAAAUAUCACUAUUAGGUAUUAUUUUAGUAAAAGUUUUUGGAAAAUAAAAAUGUAUUUUGAAU